AUGUCUUAUCUCAUUGAAAUUUUUUUGUCUGAAAUUCCUUGGAUUUCUCGAAAUCUCUCUGAAAUUUCGUAUAAUGUUCCUGGAUUUCGAGAAGUUUUAAGCUCUCAAAAUCGAUAUUGUUUCUAUUUCGAAUUGUUUUUACUAUUCCCAUCCAUAUUUUUUCUAUCAAUUUAUGCUUGGUUGAUAACAAUAAUUACGGUUUUUCAUAAGAAUGUGACAAUUUUGCUGAUUUGGGCAUUUGUUUGGUAUUUGGUCGGAUCGUUUGCGCGAAUAUUUAUUUUGACUGUUCAGUUGAAUAUUAUUGAAGGUUUGAACAUUUACUUGUCUAACCGCCUUUAAAAAUAACUAGAUUUUCCCUUAUUUUCAAAAUCUUAUAAUAUUUUUAUGUUUAUAGAUGAAUUCCCAAUUAUCAUGUUUUUGGCAAAUUUUGUUAGAAUUGAAUUUUAUAUGAAUUCCGCGUUGACAAUUCCAAUGGUAGUCAUAGAACGGUAGAAAAAACAUUAUUUGUUUAAAAAAAUAAAACAUUCAAAAAUUUGCAGAUUUCUUGCAACUCACUUUGUCUCAGAUUAUGAGAAAAAUCAUCGAUUAUGGAUCAGUUUUUUAUUUAUUCCUGCAUUUUUCAUAUUUUCACAAUUUCCGACUUGUUGUCUAUUCUUCAAAAAAGUUACUAUUAUUUAUGUGGCCUUUGGAAUAUUUAUUUCCUGCGGAUUUUUAGGAUCUUUCUUCAUUUUGUAUUUGGUAAAUCUAAAAAAAUUAGAGAAAAUAAAAAGGAAUUCGAGCGAGUAUACUUUGAGUAAAAAAUAUCAAAUUGAAGAGAAUUUGAAGAUUAUGUGGGUUAGUUUCAUUCAGACUAGAUUUUGAGAUAAUUAGAAAUAUUUUGAAAAAUUAACUGAUUCCACCAGGAACGCAAUUCUCUAAUUACAGUAUCUUCAACACAUUGGACUUUCAAUAAUACUCUUUGUAUUUUUAUUUUCAAUUGUUAUAAUAUUUCCUUGGACACCUUUAUUCAAUAUUCAACUAAAUAUAUCUGAAAUCAUAAUUUACCUUGAUGUAUGCAUUGCUGGGUACAUUUUUCCUCAAAAAAUCCUGACUUAAAAGCCUUUUUUCAGUUGUGCUGUUAUUGUAUCGCUCAUAAUAUUGUACACACUUUACACAUCUGAAAACUCUGCAUUUUCGCGAAAAAUUCAAUGGCUUUUCAGAAUUUCUAUUCCAGAUCGGAGAAUUCGAAUAUCGCCAAUUUUUCGAAAUGAGACAAACAUUUAUUUUGAUCAGCUACAAAAUUCUUGGAAAUGA